AAAAGCGCGUGUGUGCUCGACUCUGUGUGUGCGUGUCACCCUGCGUGCAAAGCAAAUCAAGAUACAGUAGUAACCUAGAGUGAAGUGGCAGCCUUAUUCCACAUCGACACCGACCUGCCCCCGCACACAUCACAUCUUUGUAGCGCAGCGCAGCGCACGAGCUCCGCAGUCAAGAUGGCAUCUGGACGUCUCAGUGGACAACCCGGGGUUUAGUCAUUUCUAUCAGUAUUUGUGUUUGCUACAAGCGCACGGGGCUACAACAAGGCGUCAGGAGCGAAGUUGCUUUCGGUCCAGUCGGGACUUCUCUGCCGUAGAGCAGCAACAAAGGACGGGAGCGCGCAUUCAUGGGACUUUGACAGCUCUCCGCUUCUUGUCUUGUAAGUUUAUUCGUCAGGAAAAAUAAAAGGAGAUUAUGGCCGAGGCCCCGCUUCCCGACGCGCUACCGGACUUGGACGUGGCCAUCGACCCGGACUUUGAGCCUCAAAAGCGGCCCAGAUCCUGCACUUGGCCGCUUCCACGGCCGGACUCCGCUGCGGUGAAGCCGGAGAGCAACGACACAGAUAUUAUACCGGAGGAGGAAGACGAUGAGGAGGAUGCUACCCCCACAGCUGCACGCGUCAACGGCUCCGUUGCAGCCGCGGAGGACCAGAGCAGCAACAGCCCCGUGGGUGAUGGAGCGCUGCCUUCCCCCGGUCAAGAGAGCGGAGGCUCGCCGCUCUCCUCGCACUCCCCGGCGGCCACCUCCGGCGCCUUGACUCCCAGCGGCUUGGCUGCAGCGCAGACCCCGAGGAAGACCUCCUCCCGCCGCAACGCCUGGGGGAACCUCUCCUACGCCGACCUGAUCACCCAGGCCAUUGAGAGUUCGCCCGAGAAGAGGCUGACUCUGUCCCAGAUUUAUGACUGGAUGGUGAGAUCCAUCCCCUACUUCAAAGACAAAGGCGACAGCAACAGCUCUGCGGGAUGGAAGAACUCCAUCCGGCACAACCUCUCCCUCCACAGUCGGUUCAUUCGCGUCCAAAACGAAGGGACAGGAAAGAGUUCCUGGUGGAUGAUCAAUCCGGAAGGAGGAAAAGGCGGCAAGGCUCCAAGACGUCGGGCUGUUUCCAUGGACAACAGCAACAAGUACACCAAGUCCGCCCGUGGUCGUGCUGCUAAGAAAAAGGCUGCACUGCAGGCUGCUGCUGCCGCAGCAGGUGAAGGUGGUGGAGACAGUCCUUCAGGUCUUUCCAGGUGGCCUGGGAGUCCAACAUCCCACAGCACAGAGGAGCUUGAUGGUGGAUGGACAGAUUUCCGCUCUCGCACCAACUCCAAUGCCAGCACUGUUAGUGGCCACCUCUCACCCAUUAUGGCCAACCCUGAACUUGACGAAGUACCCGAUGAUGAGGCUCCUCUCUCCCCCAUGAUCUACUCCAGUCCUGGCAGGGCGCUGUCUCCUGGAAAUGCCAUAUCCAACGGGAAAGCAGCCCCUGCUGAGCUGCCCCGCCUAGCGGACCUGACAGGUACGAUGAACUUGAAUGAUGGAAUCACAGAUGAACUGAUGGACGAUUUGCUUGACAACAUCAAGUUGGUACCACCUUCCUCCAGCCAGAACCUCCAAAAUGGCUCUUCAGGCUUCACUUUUGGGUCCAAAUCCAAUGGAAUAAGCUUAACUUCCUCCACAUCCUCUCCAUCGUCCAACUCUUCAUCUAAUGGUGGAAGUAAUGGUUACAGUAACUCCAUCUUUGGCUCCCAAGCAAUAGGUUCCUCUCUGCGCUCCUCCCCAAUGCAAACCAUCCAGGAGAACAAGCAAACAUCUUUCUCCAGCAUCAGCAUGUCUGGUUUUGGCAGCCAAACACUACAAGACCUGCUUAACUCUGGUAGUCACAACCAUAGUGAUGUGAUGAUGACCCAGUCUGACCCUUUGAUGUCGCAAGCCAGCUCAGCUGCUGUCAAUUCCCAAAACUCCCGCCGUGGUCUGAUCCUCCGUAACGAUCCUGUGAUGACCUUUGGGACCAGUGGAGGUAUUCAAGCCAGCCAGAGGGACGUGCUACAAACUAACAACCAAAACCAGAGCUCCAUGAGGUCAAGAAAUGGAGGUCUGAACCUCGUCAACGAGGCUAAUACUCUGGCUAAUGCUAAACAGCAGCUCCUGCUCUCACCAUUAGGAGGAAAUGGUUCGUCCACCAUGCAGAUCGACCCCUCCAUCUUUCUUAACGGCACCGUCAGCAGCAGCGGAGGAGUUUCUCAGGAUCGCUUCCCCACCGAUCUGGACCUGGACAUAUUCAACGGCAGCCUGGAGUGUGACAUGGACUCCAUCAUCAGAAACGACCUGAUGGAUGCAGAUGGCCUGGAUUUUAACUUUGACUCUCUGGUAAACAUGAACGGAGUAAGCAACUUCACGAGCACCAAGCAGAGCUCUCAGAGCUGGGUACCUGGCUGAGAAUGGAGCAGCAGAUUUGGUAUGAUGUUUCACCUGUUUGUUCCGUGAGAAGAUCAGACACACAGCAUCCUUUUGCCAAACCUGCCAUCAGCACAAUGUAAAAUACAAACCCUGUGUUUACAGAAGAAGACUUCCUCUCACGAGCUUUACCUUCGCUCCCGUACUGGUCAGUCAUAAACGAUCCGACAGACUCUAGAGAUGCUGCACGAUCCCUCAAAACCUCUUUUGAAACAACAUCACAAAGCUACAUGAAACAAUCACAAAAAAUCCACAAGAACAUGCAACUUUCCUUUGGCAUUGAUGUAAAAUAAAAUCUGCAGUAGAAGUGGUCAAACAUGGACUUCAAGGAGCAGAGACAGAAACUGUUUUUUUCAGCUGAAGGUGAAAAGGCGACAAAAGUCAAGAAGUGAUAUUGUGUACAUCUAAUCCACCUGGAGUGUGUUAAUGAUGAAAACGACAAAAAAAUCCUUCUGUUGUUUGUGAUUUUAUAUGUUCAGUGUUUGCUUUUUUGGGUUUUCUGUUAUAAUGUGUUUCUGGAUCAUACCUGUCUGUACAAAAAUAUUGCGUUUUGGUGAAAUGAAGAGACGGGACAGGAGGGUUUUACUCGGCGUACAAAUCUUGCAUAAACAAAAGCAGACAAUACUGACACUUUGCAAACCUCAAAGAAGUUAAAAUUCCUCAUUUUAUGCCAUGCACUUACUGUUUUCUCUUUGUAUAUUGCUUGAAUUUAAAUUACCAGCAGCAUACAGAGGCUUUAUUACAAAUAACCGAAUAUUGCGACACAUGAUCUGUACAUUAAAGUGUACAAAAAGAAGGAGAAUAAUAGAUGUUAUCUUUUUUUUUGCUUGAGUUAUGUUGGGGUCAUUUUAUCUUACCAUGUAGCCAAAAUCAAUACCUGUGUUCUGGGGUUGUGAGCAUUUUUACGCCAAACAGGUGCUAUAUAAACAGUGUUUAAUCCAGUCCUGAGUAAAAGCCGUGCACGUUGCUUGUUUUGACCUGCAGAGGCCAAGAGUUGGAGCCACAUGUAGCGCGGGAAAAGUCGUAAGACGACGGAGGGACAAGAGCAGGAGCGCUUCUUUUCGGCUCAUUCCUCUAGAAGCCAUUUGUUUCUCUUGUAAAACAAUAAGCUAUUUCUGUAUAUUGCCAAAUUACUUGAAACCAACAGUAGGAUAUGCUGGCAGCCAAAUCACACAUGCACACGCAGACAUUUUACACAAACGCAGACAGCAGGGCUCUGUGUUUGGCUCUUCUUGUCGUGAGGCUUGUUAAGCAUAUACAGAAUCACUCAGGGGGGGAGAAAGGAGGCUUCUCAUUUAAAAAAAAAUUCUGUAACAUUCAAAAGGUAUACAAUGUACCAUUUCUUGAUCAUAAAGCCUAAUACGUUGUGCUUGUGAACUUGUAACCUGUGAACUUUUUGGCUAAUGAGAUGAGGAGGAGGAUAAACAUCAGGAUUAUUAUCACAUGCAUGUCUUUUAUUUUAGGUUUUAUUCACUCAUAGCUUUUUAUCUCUUGUUGGACUUAUUCACACCUAAAUCCCCUCAUGGACACGCCUGGUGCUCCUGCAGGUGACUUCUCCUGACUUACAUGUUAAUGUGUGUUUGUGGGUGUGUGGGUGUGUGUGUGCGUGUCUGUGUGUGUGUGUGUUUUUCUGUCGAGUUCCUUUCAGUUGAAAUAAUCCCACCAGGAUGUGUAAUCUCUCACAGUGCAUACAGCACAGACGACUGUAUGCAUGUCUGCAUGUAUGCAUUAAGAGUUGUUUGAGAAUGCAUAUAUACUUGUUGUAUGUCUUUAUAUACUCAUGUAGUACUUGACCCUGAGUUUUUUGUGAUACCUCGGAAGUUGAAGAAAAAAUUGAACAACGUUACGUGCCGGGUAGGAGGGAACACUGUUACCAGCAGUUUUUUUUUUUUUUUUUUUUUAAGCGGUGAUGGUUGCCGUUGUUGUAGCAUUUGGAAUCCCCGGGGUCGUGACAUGAAGUGUAUUCACUGCUUUUGUAUAAUAGUGUACAGAUUUGAGUAUAUCAUAUUUGAGGCCAAGGCAAACGAGUGGGUGGUGGGCAACAACCAGUUCUAUCUUAGGUGUGAGCUAGCUGUUCCCCCUCCACUCAUGCAGCCGUUCCGUCCCUCCACAGAAGUUGUAAUUAGGAACCCUUUUACUUUGCAGCACUAAAAAACUCUGCUCCUAUUUAAAACAAAACAAAAAACAAAGGAGCUCUCAUGCCAGCCUACCUUUUCUUUGGCUUUGUUUUGAUAAAUGUGCACAAAUGCUAUCACAGGAAAGGCCUCCUCCACAAAAUCUGGUGCACUCCCCGAUCGGCCGGCCAACCCUGAUGUUGUGAAAGUGUCAUCUGAAUGUCCAGAACCUCCUUACAUCUGACGUUUCCACAACACUCGUUUCUUUUGGCAAAGAGAGUCUCGAAGCAUCACCUGACCUGCUAAACAUAAGAAGCAAUUCAUCUUGCAGAAUGUACCUAAACAAUACUCAACAUGAUUGAGGUAAAUCUCUAAUCCUCUUUUAAAAAAUGUCCUUGAAACAGUGAACUGAGAUAGAAUUCUGUCCUUUUCUACAUUCAGUGUUUAGCGUUUUUGCUUUUUUGGGGGGGGGUGUUUUACACCAAUAAAGUAAAGCUUGUCCUCUAUUCAACCACUUAAAGCUUUGUUUAAAUUCAGCUCCUGAAUAUAAAAAAGACAGAAAAGUAAACACACCACUAAAUACCUUAAUGACCUCUUGUUUCUUUGUAUUUUUUUUCUUUUUCAAAAAUCAGCUUCUCUUUUUGAAAAGCCCUGCCAGCUCCUCUCUGCGCACCCCCUCUGAUCUCUGCUUUUUUUUUUAUCUCGCUUCUACUCAUUUCAAUGUUAGUGGGUAUUUUUUCCUGUGUAUUCCAAUCUGAAUUGUAAUCUAGUUUGUAUAAGAAAUGGUGCGCAUGUAAAUAAACCUUGGUGAGACUCCA